UCUAGCCUAGUUAGUUUUAUGGGAAGUCCUUCUCAACCAACCUAGAAGAAAGUCUUCAUGUCAUAGUGGAGAGAUGGUGGGUGAAGGCUUUCCAUGGGUUUCCCUGUGUGUAUAUGGCUCUAAGAAGGUUUAGAGUGGUGUGCAUUGGGCUACUCACACGGCCUGCUCAGUCAUGUGGCUCAUCCUUCUGUGUUUUCGUAUCCAUCUAUAUUUAGGCUUUAUCUGUGAUUCCUGUGAUGUACAUUCAGUGCCUAACUGAUUGUAAACUUCAUACAUUGAUCCUCCUGAAGCCCCAGUCUCACUGAUGACUGGACCUGGAACAAGCAGUCAGAUCAAAUGCACAAAUACUCAGAGUUGUUAGUUGUCCUGAGUUUUCUACCAUAAGCUGACAUGACCUCUUGUUGUAACUGUAUUCUCAGUUUUUUCCUUCUUAAGGGGAAUUUGUCAAAAUGCACCUGUAACCUCUCAGGAAACAGAGAGACCUUCAGUCUCUGGGGCUCCUUCUGCAAAAACAACUGAAAUGAAAACAAAAGACAUACCGGAGAUUUCUGACACGACACUUGCACCAAAUGUCAAUAAAAGUACCUCAAAGACUUUGGAAUCGUUUCGGAUUUAUUAAAGAGAAUUGAGCAGAAGCAAGCCAUGGGGCCCCAGUAUGGAGUAGGAAUGCAAGCCUUUAGUGGUGCUUCACCUGAAACAACUGUGAAGAAAGAGAAAGUCUUACCAGAGAAUUCUGCCUCAUCUUCAGUAGUUGAAGAAAAGACAUCAGAGUCUAUGACGAAGGUUGAGCCCAGACGAUUCAAAAACUUUUUUUCUAUCUUGGAAAGAUUUUACAAGAAGGACCCAGGUCCCUCCCAGACUCCGGAGGAACCUCCAGUUCUUGAAACUACUUCCAAAGAAAUAGGAAAACCAAGAAAAAAAGGUACUGAGAAUGUCCCAGACAUUAAACAGAUAUUUUGUAGAGAUGAAGAGUUUGAACCUCAUGAUGAGGGGUCCUGGGAAGAAUAUAAAAGCUAUUUCCCAGGUGGUGUCCGUGUGUCAGAAUCCAGACAUACCAUGACUUCCACCAUGGUAGGGAGUUAUACAGCGCAGGCAGGAGACACAGAUGUUGAAGAACAACAUCAAGAUCUUGAUAGUAAAGAAUCGUUUCCUGAUGUGAUGGAAGUACAACAAUGGGAGCAACGAAAAGUGUCGAGUACUUUAUCUCCUGCGGUUGACACACUGUUUAUAAAGACAUCAACAUCCUCGGACGACAACCACAUAUCAAUAAGAAGGAAAAGAGGAAGAAAUGGAGGAGGUUCUACUACUGAUUAAAAGAAUGAGUUUGGCAAUGUU